UGUUACAACAAUGAAAUAUCAUUUUUUAAAUCAAGUAAAAUUAGCUUGCAAAAAACCCGAUUCCUGUAUAGAACUAACUGUUGAAUUAGAUUGGAAUUGGAUUAAAAUACUUUCAAUAUUUUUACAGUACGAUCAAAAGAUCUUUCCAUGACACUGCUUGAUUUUUUCGAGGCUUUAGGCCAUGUAAGACCUUGAAAGAUAAUCUUUACAAACACUACUAUAUUUAUAUUUUACCGAAUGUACUCCGAUUCGUAAUACUCGCAGAUUGUUUAUGCUAUCAGUUUGCGAAUUGGAUUAAAAUACUUUCAAUAUUUUUACAGUACAAUCAAAAGAUCUUUCCGUGACACUGCUUGAUUUUUUCGAGGCUUUAGGCCAUGUAAGACCUUGAAAGAUAAUCUUUACAAACACUACUAUAUUUAUAUUUUACUUAAUGUACUCCGAUUCGUAAUACUCGCAGAUUGUUUAUGCUAUCAGUUUGCGAAUAAAAUCCAUAAAUAAGAUCUAAGAAAUUUCGCCAUAACGUGGAUUUAUACUGCAAUUUCCAACGUGCAUUCAGUUAGUUAGUCAGCAACAUUUUGCAAUGUCUGCCAUAAAUGUUGAUGAGGUUGAUGGUGAAGUAGUGAAGAAUUUGAUCAACUCUGUUGAUACUGUUUUAUUUGAUAUUGAUGGGGUUCUGGUAAUUCAAAAUCAAAUAGUUCCGGGGGCUGCUGAAUUUAUUGAGAAAUUGCGAAAUAUUGGUAAAAAAAUCGCAUAUGUUACUAACAAUACUCUUAAAUCGCCUGAAACAAUAAAGCAAAUACUAGCACCCAUAAAAGCUGAGCUCGACGAAAUAAAUAAUCCAAUCACUGCCCUUUUGGAAUAUCUCCAAAGAAUCGACUAUAAAAAGGAUAUUUAUGUAAUAGGGUCCAGGGCAUGCAAGAAACUCUUGACCGAUGCUGGAUUCAAUGUGAUUGAUUAUAAGAGUCUGCGGAUCAGAGAUCUAGAAGAGGAUUUAAAUGCAAUUAGAGAAUUAUCUCGAAAAGCCAUUGAGCGGUGCCAAAAUGUGGGAAUGGUAUUUUUAGACUACGACAUCAACUUUUGCCAAGGCGCUAUCCAGGUGGCUCAAGUUAUUCUAUCCAAUAUUGCUAAUGUUCAGUUGGCCAGUGGAUGUUUGGAUGACUGGGGAAAUAUAGGCAGCAAUAUAAUUUUGUCAGGUCCAAAAUAUUAUGGAGAUGCCCUUGAAAGAUGGAGCAAGAAGAAAACUAUUGGAUUUGGAAAACCUGGACAAGGAUUGGUCAAUCUGAUCUGUAAUAAGUUAAAUAUUACUGAUGGCCAACGUGUCUUAAUGAUAGGAGAUAGUUUAUACAGUGAUAUUGCGUUUGGAGUGGCCGGAGGAUUUAAAACCUGUCUAAUACUAUCAAGCGAUCUGCCGAAACAGGAAUUAGCAACAGCGAAAAGGACAAAUAAAUUCAUACCAGACUAUGUAACGGAAAGUGUAGGGAAUUUGUAUAAAAAAUUAAAAUAAUUUUAAUAGCUUAAUAAUUGUUAAAUUAUUCCUUAAUAGAAUAAAUCACGGAAGUAUCAAAGUUAAUCUGAUUUGUAUUUCUUAUUUUAUUCAUUUAGUCUUAUAUUGCAUAUUAUUCAAUUUAUAGCUCAAGCGGCAUUCGAUGUUUCUCAUUACCGAUCAAUAUACCUAUUUUAACUUUAGCAAGAAAAACUAUCGACCAAACUAAAAAAACCGACUAAAAAUGAAACAUUUCAAAUAGAAAUCAAUAUUUUAUAUUAAUUGUUAAUUACCUAUAUGAAAGUAUUUUGAUGAAAAUAUUACUGUACAUUUUUUAAAAUCAGUAAAUAAUUUGUUCCUAAUACUACCACAUCUAGCAUCUGUAGCAUGAUAACAUUUACAAUACGGAUUACAUGUAUUUCAGCAAAAUAAAAGAAAAUUGACUCAAUGA